UGCGCCCCACAAAUAUGCUUCUCUUUCUCUUCCAUUUCUGAUUCCUCUAUCUCUCUCUCUCUCUCUCUCUCUCUCUUUGUCCGCCAUUGUUGCUCUGCAACUAACCUCCAUAGCUAUGACUCUUCAAAUCAACAUCGCCGCUCAACACACUUUCUUCCUCAACGAGAAAAUCAUUUCAGCUUACUCUGCGAGAUUCCGGCGGAUUAUCAAGCAGCAUAGACGAGCGAGAAGGCGAACAACAACGACAACGACAGCCCUUGCUGGUAGUUCCGGCGAUGGUUUCUUUAAUUCCGUCAUUGAAAUCGACGAUUUCCCUGGAGGAUCGAAUGGAUUCGAGCUUAUUUCUAGGUUCUGCUAUAACCACGCCCAAAUCGAAAUCACUGUCUCUAACGUUGCUUUACUCCAUUGCUGCGCUGUCUUCCUUGGAAUGACGGAGGAUGUCGCCGUCGGUAACCUCAUCCGGCAGACGGAGAAUUUUCUUGAUGGAAUCUUUUAUUGGCCGUGGAGUGAUUUGAUUUUGUGUCUUCAGAGUUGCGACUCCUUUUUCGAUUUUGCAGAUUCCUCGGGGCUUUUACAGAAGCUUGUUUGUGCUUUAUUGGCUAAGAUUGCGCAGAAUUCCAAUGCGAGCCUCGUCACUCCUUCUUCUUCUUCUUCUUCUUCCUCACCUGACAAUGCGUCUGGUAGUUCCAGAGUCUCUACCAAAUCCUGGUGGUUCGACGACAUGUCGUUAUUGCCCGUUCAGAUCAUUGAAAAAGUCGUACAAGGAAUGGGGAGUUACGGGAGCAGCAAUAACAGUUUGAUUCUCACCAGAUUUCUCCUCCAUUACCUCAAAACCGCUGCUCAGAGCACUGUUGGAUAUGGGAGUGGGCGACCCAGGGACAAAUACGGCGGGUUAGCCGACACGGCGGUGCACGGGGUGGUAAUGGUGGGGAAGAGUAUGUUUUCUUGCCGGGGACUGUUCUGGGUGUUGAGAGUGGUGUCUGGUUUUGGUCUGAGCAGAGAUUGCCGGAAUGGAUUGGAGAGAAUGAUUGGUGGGAUGCUGGAUGAAGCCAAAUUGGAUGAUUUGUUGAUCUCCGGCCACCAUAAAUGCACUUAUGAUGUGAAUCUAGUGAUAAGAUUGAUUAGAGUAUUUGUGAACAGCGAUGGAGCUUACUCUGUCCACAAGCUGAAGAAAGUGGGGAAACUGGUAGAUAAGUAUUUAGGAGAAAUUUCUCCCGAUCAAAACCUAAAAAUCUCUAAAUUCUUGGGAGUUGCUGAAAGCUUACCAGACUGUGCUAGAGACUGCUUUGAUGGAGUUUACAGAGCAAUUGACAUCUAUCUAGAGUCUCAUCCUAAUCUUUCAAUGGAAGAGAGGUCGAGGCUAUGUAGAUGUCUAAACCACGAGAAGUUGAGCUUGGAAACGUGCAAGGCAUUGGCAAAGAACCCAAGAGUGCCACCGAGGACAGCGAUCGAGGCUUUGAAGUGUCAAGCAAGGGGAGGUGGGUGUUCGGUUGAAGAGGAAGCAACAGCGACAGCGACGUCAAUGGCAAUGGUGGUCGGGGAGGAGGAUGAUCAAAGCAGUAGUGAGUAUUACAGUGAAUGUCAAAGGGUUUUGUCAAGCAGUAGCUUUGAGUCAGAAGGUUGCAGCAGUGGUACAGGGCAAGGGCAAGGGCAAGGGCAAGACAACAACCAAGAAAUGAGACUAAAUUUGCAAAGGAUGCAAUGGAGAGUAGUGGAAUUGGAGAAAGUUUGUAGGGAAAUGAAAAGUAAUAUGUCUAGUUUGGUUAGGCAAACUGCCAUCACUUCCCCACCUACUUACCAUAGAGCUUUACCAAGACUAUGUUAAGUAUAUAUGUAUAUGAAUAUAAUGUAUUUGUAUUUGUAUGUAUACAUCAAUCCAACCCUCUACAAGAUUCUAUAUGUUUCAUUCAGAUAUUUUCAAUGAAAACCUACUUUUGAAUUA